AUGGACAAUAAUGUGGAGGGUGCGAGACAAAACGGCAGCAACAAAAGCAGUAACAUCACGGCCAGCACAGUAACAGCAACGAAGGUUAAUAGCAGUAAUAUUGGGGUCAUCACCAACAUUGGUAGCAGCGGUACAAAUUCAUCAUUUUGGAAGAACAGUGGGCGAUUGGUGCCAGGACGUCCAAGCCCUAAGCGCGGUGACGACACGAGUUUAAUCAGCAGCAGUGUUGACGGAGUUUUGGUUCGUUCAAGCGGCGGCAAAGGUGACGGUAUGGUAUCCACAUUUCGUGAUUAUCAGCAGUCAGUAAGCGAUGCUUGGGACACAGGUGAUGACGAAUUCUGCAUAAUGUCAGGAGCAGCAGCAAGUGCUGCUUCGGCAAAUGAUUCGCGAAUAUCAAAAAAAGUGUCGCAAACAGCGGCGUUAAAUGUUAUUGAAACGCAUCGAAAUUCAGCAACCACUUCCACCGUACGCUCAUCAGCAGCUACUUCAACCGCAGCUACAUCGAGUGCAGAAAACGCGAAAUCAACAAGA